AUGUGGCGGCCAGGGCGACGCCACGUACCCGGUGUCCGAGUUUUAUGUGAGGAGGAAGCGCAGUUGGGAUUACGAUUAGGGAUGUGGUACUGGAAAGAUGAAACCAGAACUCUUGAAUUCAGAAGCUUUGCCAUAGAAGAUUCUGUCCAGUGGCAUCUGAAACAUCACCCUCAUUUUACACCUGCAGUAGAACUCAAGGAAAAAGGAAAGAAAGGCAAAGCAGUUCACUUUGCAGAAAUCGACAGUCCAGCUCCAGAAAGAAACUAUUACUUUCCAAAAUGGUUGACAGAUAAAAGGCUUGCUGCAAGAGAGGAUAAGUCAGCUAAAGCUUUAGAGAAACGAGGUCAACAGGGCACCAGUACACUAGAUGAUGUUAAAUUUGUUACUUUGCUUUUGCUACAAGAUACUGAGAUGCAGCGGAUUGGUUCUUUUACAUUUAUGAAGAAUAAGAAUCUUGAUAAUUUCCUCAUGGCAUUAUUGUACUACUUAUCUCAUUACCUGGAAAAAGACUCCCUAGAAAAGAAACCCAAAAGCUAUAUGGUAGGCCUUGUAGAGAAAAAAGAAAUGGAAUUGGUUUUAAGUAAAUUAGAAGCAGCACAGAAGUACUUGGUGCAGAAGUACUGUAACCUUGUGCUGGGCUUGGCCAUGCCGGAUAAGCAUCACAUGUGCUGUGGAAAGGAGAAAAUUUCAGAUACACAGAAAGACUGGAAGUUCUUUGAGUCCUUUUACACUUUCUGUACUUAUGUGGCUUGGAUUGUCUUCCAACGUCAACACUUGACAGAGAUUGAGGAAGAAGUAGGGAGACUUUUUCGUACCAAUAUAUUCAACAUUCCUUGUAGGAGGUGUGAAGAUGAGGAAUCAGGAGGGGAAAAGAAGCGCAUGACUUUUGUUCAAUUCAGGAGAAUGAUGGCAAAAUGCCCAGCAAUUAAAACAGCCAUCAACAUGCGUUCUCCAGUCAUGUCUACUCUGCUGCCAUCUCUCAGAGAAAAAGCUCAAAAUGUCUUUGAGAAAAAAUAUCAUCAAGUAGGUGUCAACUUGCUAGCCGAGAUGGAAAAGCAUGUGGGAAUUCUGGACUCUGUGUCCAUGCCAGUAGUUGGCAUCUUAGGGGAGCCUCGAUGUCUAUUCAACCCGUAUACGCUUCACUCCCUUGAUCCAAAGGAAAACACAAAAUCGUCUGUGAGACAUUCUUCCCUGAAGGAAAAAAAUAGUAUGAGGACUCAGGAUACACUGGACUUGGUCAUGAAGACACUGUCCUCCCAAACGUUGGGCCCUAAGUAACCUGGUGCAUUCCAUUUCUGUAAUAAGUCCCUGUAUUUCAAGUAAACGACUUUGACUUUAUAGACGAUGGCUAUUUGUUAUUAUUAUUAAGCUUUAAACUUUUUUUUUUUUGAGACGGAGUCUUGCUCUGUUGCCAGGCUGGAGCACAGUGGGCA